AUUAACAAUCAGCUUUACAUCAUGAGAACAGUUGUAUUAACUGAGAGGGUUCCCAGUGUAUACUUAUUCUGAGGCUUUUUAUUUAAUGUUUCUGUAAGUAUUUUAAUCUCUACCCUUGGAAGAGGCUGGGAUACCAUGGGAUUCGGAGCUCUCUGUUUUGUACUGCUUUGUGUUAGAUUUUUAUCUUAUAUUUAUACUCCUAUGCCUGACAACAUUGAAGAAACCUGGAAAGUAAUGGCCCUGGAUGCAGUUGCUAAAACUUGUAACUUUGUGGCCACAUUAUGUGAUAAAAUAGGUCUCAUGAAAUAUGAAGACGUACUAGUAAUUUUAGCAUCAGUUCACUUUACAAAAGCAGUUUCAGAUGAAAACAUUACAGUGAUUGACACAGACUUCAGUGACAUUCCUGUUCGUCUGUAUUUGCCAAAGAGGAAGUCUGAAAGACAGAGACCAGCUGUAAUUUUCAUUCAUGGUGGUGCCUUUGUCUUGGGAAGUUACAAGAUAUCAGCAUAUGAUGAUCUGAAUCGAUGGACAGCAAACAAAAUUGGUGCUGUUGUUUUGGGGAUAGAGUAAGAAAAAGACAAUACUUCUUAUCACAGUCCAGGC